CGUGUGUUGACCAAUCAACAGCCACGUUCCUCAGUGAUCAGGGAGAAGUUUUCAAGAUGGGGCUUGAAAGUACUAUGGUCUGUGUGGACAACAGUGAAUACAUGAGGAAUGGAGACUUCCUGCCCACGAGACUGCAGGCCCAACAGGACGCUGUCAACAUCGUUUGCCACUCCAAGACCCGCAGCAACCCAGAGAACAAUGUCGGGCUCAUCACAAUGGCUAACAACUGUGAGGUGCUGACCACCCUCACCCCAGACACAGGCCGCAUCCUCUCCAAACUGCACGCUGUCCAGCCAAGAGGGGACAUUUGCUUCAGCACUGGCAUCAGAGUGGCUCAUCUGGCCUUGAAGCACAGACAGGGUAAAAACCACAAGAUGAGGAUCAUCGCUUUCGUGGGCAGCCCUGUGGAGGACAGUGAGAAAGACCUUGUCAAACUGGCAAAGCGUCUGAAGAAAGAGAAGGUCAAUGUGGAUAUCGUGAACUUUGGAGAGGAGGAGGUGAACACAGAGAAGCUGACGGCGUUCAUCAACACGCUGAAUGGCAAGGAGGGCACUGGCUCUCACCUGGUGACGGUGCCCCCGGGCCCCAGCCUGGCUGAUGCCCUGCUCUCCUCCCCCAUCCUUGCGGGCGAGGGCGGCACCAUGAUGGGCCUGGGGGCCAGCGACUUCGAGUUUGGGGUGGACCCCAGUGCCGACCCCGAGCUGGCCUUGGCUCUGCGUGUGUCCAUGGAGGAGCAAAGGCAGCGGCAGGAGGAGGAGGCCCGCAGGGUGGCUGCAGCAUCAGCAGCUGAAGUGGGCGUUCCCACCCCCACCGCCGACGAGUCCGAGGAGGCCCUAUUGAAGAUGUCCCAGCCUGAGUCAGGAGUAGCGGCUAUGCCAGACUUCAGCAGCAUGACGGAGGAGGAGCAGAUUGCCUACGCCAUGCAGAUGUCCCUGGCUGGGGGAGCAGAGUUUGGUGAGUCAGCUAUGGACACCAGUGGACCUAUGGACACCACAGAGACUGCUAAGGAGGAAGAGGACUACGAUGUGAUGCAGGACCCCGAGUUCCUCCAGAGCGUCCUGGAGAACCUGCCCGGAGUGGACCCCAACAACGAGGCCAUCCGCAACGCCAUGGGCUCGCUGGCCUCGCAAACCGGGGGCUCCAAACCUCCCGAGGGCAAGAAAGACGAGAAGAAGAAAUGAAAUGACCACGACCUGCGUGGAGGAGGAAUCAAAAUGGCGGCUGACCCACAGACUAUUUCAACAGGGACGGGGGAGGAACAUCUGACCAGACGGGGGGGGGGACAAUGGGGACGUGACCGACAAAGCAAAGACAAGUGUGUUAAUACAGACUGAACCAAACCCACAACAGUAUGCAGAAACGGACAGAUCAAUAAAUAAUCAAACUCGCAGAUGGAUGAAUAGAAACUACAAAAAGAAGGACGGGGGGGAUGACUGUGUGGUAACCUACAACAAUAAUAAAUAAUAAUAAAAAACAAAAAAAAACAUUAAUAUAAGAAGAAAACAAUCCAUUCAUUUUCUUAUCUAUCUUGCUACGGAGCUGAUGUUGCUUAUGCAUCUGAUAUGCCUAAAGUGUAGUCUAGCCUAAACUGUUAUUGUUUUUAUUUUGUUUUGAUUUUUUUUCUAUUGCAAAUAAAGUGGAGUUGGACUGAA